CUUCAUAUCGGGCCGUAAAUUGUUAUAAUAACCAACCAAAAGCCCAUUAAAAUGUUCAGCCGAAGCGACUGGUUUCUCAGGCAACAAUCGGAAUUACUUUAAGCACCGCACCAAACGGUUCUCACGUGUCUCUUAAACCCUAAUAUUUGACAGAAAGCAACAGAUACAAAGAAAGAAGCUAGUACAUCCACUGCAACCAAACUCCAUAGCCAAAUUUGCUAUCAUAAUCGUCUUCUUCAUUUCGUUGCAGAGAGAAAAUGAUAUCGGCAAUCUCUUGGAUACCAAAAGGUGCAUCGAAGCCUGUUCCCGAGGAGGCCGAACCGCCUUCCAAAGAAGAAAUCGAUGAGCUAGUCAAGAGCGGCGCUUUAGAGAGAGAUGAUGAUGAUGAAAGCGAGGACGAAGAUGGAGAUAUGGAGGUCGAUGCCACCAAGCAGAGUGGUGAAGCUGCUAAAUCUUCCAAAGCCGCCAUGUCGGACGCCAAAUUUAAUGAUAUAACCGACGGUUUAAGGGAGCUUGACAUGGACAAUUACGACGAUGAGGAUGAAGGCAUUGAGAUAUUUAGCACCGGGCUUGGGGACCUUUACUACCCAUGUAAUGAUUUGGAUCCAUAUAUCAAGGAGAAAGAUGAUGAUGAUUCUGAAGAGCUGGAGGACUUGACCAUUAGUCCAACGGAUGCAGUCAUAGUGUGUGCUCGUAGUGGUGAUGAUGUCAGUCAGCUCGAGGUUUGGGUAUGUGAGGAAUCUGAUGAUGGUGAAUUAAACACCUAUGUGCACCAUGAUGUCAUCAUCUCAGCUUUUCCCCUUUCCACUGCAUGGCUUGAUUGUCCGCUUAAAGGUGGAGAAAAAGGGAAUUUUAUUGCUGUUGGCUCAAUGGAACCUUCCAUCGAAAUAUGGGAUCUUGACAUUAUUGAUGAAGUGCAACCAUGUCUCAUAUUAGGUGGCAUUGUUGAGAAAAAGAAGAAAAAAGGGAAAAAGACAUCAAUCAAAUACAAAGAAGACAGCCACACUGAUUCGGUACUUGGUCUUGCUUGGAAUAAGGAGUACAGGAAUAUUCUUGCUAGCGCUAGUGCUGACAGACAAGUAAAGAUUUGGGAUGUGGCUACCGCAAAAUGUACUAUUACCACCGAGCAUCAUACAGACAAGGUUCAAGCAGUCGCAUGGAACCAUCAUGCUCCCCAAGUUCUUCUUAGUGGAUCUUUUGAUCAUUCAGUAGUUAUGAAAGAUGGGAGGAUACCAUCACAUUCUGGUUAUAGAUGGAAGGUCACAGCUGAUGUAGAGAGCUUGGGAUGGGAUCCACACACGGAGCACUCAUUUGUGGUGAGUCUUGAAGAUGGGACAUUGAAGGGAUUUGAUAUUCGGACCGCUACAUCUGAUCCCGCUGCUGAGUCUAGACCAAGUUUUACACUGCAUGCACACGAUAAAUCAGUUUGCACAAUAUCCUAUAAUCCUUCAGCUCCUAAUUUACUUGCGACUGGAUCAACAGACAAAAUGGUAAAGCUUUGGGAUUUAUCAAAUAACCAGCCAUCGUGUGUUGCGUCCAGGAAUCCCAAAUUGGGAGCUGUCUUUUCGGUUUCCUUCUCAGAGGACAGUCCCUAUUUACUGGCUAUAGGAGGCUCCAAGGGCUUGUUGGAAGUAUGGGACACAUCAUCUGAUGCUGGGAUCUCUAGAAGAUUUUGGAAUUUCAACAAGCCGAGGAGACCUCAACCUGGAUCCUGAUUUGAUAGAAAGAUGAACAGAAUGUACUUUUGAGUGACAGUUAGCUUGCGUGCUUUUUAGGAAACAAGUUGCAAUUCCUUUUAAGUUACGAGUCUCAAAAUUUUGGUAUUUUCAAAUUAUAACAAAUUGUGCGUCCGAUCGAGAAAAAAAAAAAAAAAAAUUGUAACAAAUUGCAAUGGCUUUGAGUAAAUGUUAUUCCUCAUCUUCAGUCUCCAAGAGGAGCAAUAUAUAGGAAGAAUUUCUCAUUA